CGCAAUGUUAGUUCACAAAAAGAGGGAAACAAAUAAUUCAAAUCAAUCCAAAACCAAAUUUGCCUCCCUCUUUCAAUUAAUCCAGCCGCGCUCUCCACAAAUUUCAGCUACUCUCCGCCACCCACACUCACCGGAACACACGAAUGAUUUCAACAAAUAUCUGAUUGCCGACGUCGCUGCACACUACAGAUUGAGGACGAGUUUAAUUUCUUCUCCCGAUUUGAGUUAUGCUUGUGUGCGUGGAUCUUAAGGAUUGUGUUCAUUUUAUACGCAUCAGUUGCUCGCGGAGAGGAUGAGUAAUGUUGCGACAGCCGGUCAAUUGCCUAUGCCUAAUAAUCUUCACUAUGGGGGUGUGGCUGCCGGAGGAGUUUCUAAGACCAAAUUGAAGCGGAAAACUCCCUCGGAGUUGAGGGGGGAAUUACUGAAGAAAAAGAGUCUACUGGAGGGUUCAGACGAGUCCCCAACUUUUACUGGUUCCAUGAGGAAUGCUGAUGAAGCAGUUUCUGGGAGCAACAAAUCUGAUUCAUUGAAGGCAGCACGAUUCAGAAGGAUGGAUGAACAUUAUCCAGUCACUAAAACGAGUAGGCUGUUUUGCAGAAAGGAAAAUCUCAAGGAAAAUGUUCCUAGCAAGAGUGUUGGCAGCAUGAAGAAUUCAAGUUUCACACUGGACUCAAAUGAUAAACAUGAAGUGCAAAACUCAUGUUUGGAGGGUACUGUUGCUUCAGAAGGUGGCAACAACACAUCAAGACAAACUAACCACUCAUCUGAAAACUGCACUACUAAUGCUUUUAAGAGUGUUCGGGAGUUAUCCCUUGGUGGUGGAAUGAGAUCCAACUCCUCAUCCGUCGACAUGGGUAAAGCUUUAAAAGGACUGGUUUCAUGUGAACCUCAUGCUGCUUCUGCUCCACUUCCUCAGCCUAUGCAUAGAUCAGGGAAUAUUGUGCAACAACGCCUUUCAGAAAUCCAUAUACCUGGGCGGAAGAGUCCGUUAGAUUUGACCCUAAAAACUAGUAUGCGCGUGUUGUUAUCAUCAUCAGUGAAUUGGUUCCAUAGGUUAAUUAAUUGUGCCACUUUAAACGACAUGGGUCUAUUUUCACAUGAGGGUUUCCAAGGCCAAAGUAUGACCUCGGCACACUCUACCUGCACCAGCCAAAUUACAAGGCAUGGGGUCUUUCAUUCUUGGAUGCAUCCACAAUCCAGUCUACCCCAUGUAGUUAUAUCAGCAUUGACCUCUGCAGUGGGAGGGCAAUUGGACUUCCUAAGUAAACGACAACAAGCAUGGGAGGAUUCAUUUCGAAGUCUCUACUACAUGCUGCGAAAGAAAUUGUGUAAAAUUUUUUAUGUUUGCACAGUGCACUUUGUAGCUAUGUUUACCAUAUCUGAUGGCCCAAACAAAACUAAGCAUUCUUGCUAUGCCUAUGUGUCACAAUCAACGAGAAAUCUGAGGUCACUUCUGAAAGAAUAUGAUGUUUCAUUUUCUAUGCCUCUUUGUCACUCUAAAGUGGAGGAGGUUACUGCAGAAGACCUAGUUGCACUUUCUGAAAUUGAAAAAAAUAACCUUGGAAAGACUAGAGCUAUGGAAUCCCUGACUGGAGUUGAUAAUACCCCACAAUCUUUGUUAACGUUUGCUGGGGGGAAUGUGCACGCUUUGUAUGAUUUUCUGUUAAAUUAUAGAUCCCUUUACAGCCCUUUGACUGGUAGUGAUGUACCUGUCCUGUAUUCACCAGUUCCUUUUGAAAAUGCUGCACUGUCUGCUCCUGAGGUCAGAUGCAAGCAGGUUAGAAGGGUUGAGCACAUGUCUUCCCAGCAAAAGGACUCUAAUAUGUAUAGUGAGCCUAUGAAAAGUUCAUCUUCUGGCAUCUGCUAUAGUAUUGAAAUUAGGGAUGCAUAUAUUCCGCCUUGGGUAAUAUCUGGAGUUUGUGAUGCUAUGCGCUCUAACGGGGGUGACUUUCAAGCCAGUUUUGUGACGGAGUCCACAUCUAUUGGCUUGAACGUUGGUCUAGACACAGCUACUAACCAACCUCCCCAGCAAGCUGAGGCAGAUAUACCAGUGGAAGAAAAUGAUCUUUCUUUUGGUAUUCCGAACACCACUCUUUCCCUGCGAAAACAUCCUGCCUAUAUUAAAGGACUGAAGUAUGGUGAUGCUUCUUACACAGCUUUUCUGUCUCCGAUCGAUUAAGGAUUAGUAUAUAAGCUCUCAUAUCUGAGUCUGGAACGACUUGUUUGUAGAUUCUGAUCAGUGUCAUUUUGUUCACCUCCUGUUAAAUCUAAAAAUAAUGGGAGGGAUAAUUAUUUGUAUGUUUUCCGAAGGAGAUAUCGAAGUCUCAGCAACAUUUUUCAGUGUGACAGAAGGCAAGACUUUUUUUGGUUAUGGCGCCAUGGAUAUAAUGUACCCCACUUUCUUUCUUAUCUAAGCAAUCUGUGUAAUUGUAAGAAUUUUGUGACUGAUUGAAAAUUAAGAAAAAUCUUGAUUUAGAAUUACGGCA